UUGUGUUCUGGCUUGUGCAAGAGCAGAGGAGAAGAUAUAAAGAGGCAGUAGUAUAUGGUAUGGUCAUGGGAGAAGCAGUGAGUCCAACUGAUUGUUGAAAAAGGCAGAGGGGGUGGUGACUGAAAAAGGCCGUUUGAGAGGUCCAAGAAAGCACAAGAGAGGAGCAGCAACCUAAGGAAGGACACACUGUCAAAAAGAAGAAAACCGCGCUCGGAUAAUCGUUGUGGCCUUUGUUUAUGUGAGUUCUGCUUUAGCGGCUUUGUGAGCUUAUGCCCACCACCUUUGUUCCUUAAUUAUGCCUUUCGGUUCGGCUGUUCUGCUUCUUCUUCUCCUCUUCUUCCUCUCCUGUGCUGGACUUUGUUUCUCUUCCGAGCCUCGCAACCAUGAAGUGGAGGCUUUGAUGAGCAUAAGAAAUGCUCUGACUGACCCGCAUGGAGUUUUAAGCAACUGGGAUGAGAACUCGGUGGACCCUUGCAGUUGGGCUAUGAUCACCUGUUCUGCUGAUUCACUUGUCAUAGGCCUGGGAGCUCCUAGCCAGUCUCUUUCUGGAACUCUAUCAGGAGCAAUCGCAAAUCUGACAAAUCUUCGACAAGUUUUACUGCAGAACAACAAUAUCUCUGGCAAAAUCCCACCUGAGCUUGGUGCCCUUCCUAAGCUUCAAACUCUUGAUCUUUCCAAUAAUGGAUUCACUGGGGCGAUUCCAGGGUCUAUGAGUCGGCUGAAUAGUCUCCAGUACUUGAGGCUGAACAACAAUAGUCUAUCUGGCCCAUUUCCUGUGUCACUGUCCAAAAUCCCGCAGCUUUCUUUCUUAGACUUGUCUUACAACAAUCUCAGUGGACCAUUACCCGCGUCUCCAGCCAGAACAUUCAACGUCGUGGGAAAUCCCUUAAUUUGUGGAAGCAGUUCUACUGAAGGUUGCUAUCGAUCAGCAACCCUCACACCUGCUCCUUUCACUCUAACACUGUCACAAGGAAAUCACAAGUCCAAGAAGCUAGCAAUUGCACUUGGAGUCAGUCUCAGCUUUGCUAGCAUCAUACUCCUGUCUUUUGGGAUCUUAUGGUACAGGAAGAGACUGCAGACCCAAGCCAUCCUACACAUCAAUGAUUGUCAAGAAGAGGGGCUUGUUAGAUUGGGAAAUCUCAAAAGUUUUACUUUUAGAGAGCUCCAACAUGCAACAGAUAAUUUCAACUCCAGGAACAUACUUGGUGCGGGAGGUUUUGGCAAUGUUUAUCAGGGGAGGCUUGGAGAUGGGACAAUGGUGGCAGUGAAAAGGCUGAAGGAUGUAAGUGGAGGUGCUGGUGAAUUGCAGUUUCGAACAGAACUGGAGUUGAUCAGCUUGGCAGUUCACCGUAAUUUACUUCGUUUGAUUGGAUUUUGUGCUACACCUAAUGAAAAGCUUCUGGUUUAUCCUUAUAUGUCUAAUGGCAGUGUGGCUUCGAGGCUUAGAGGCAAACCUUCUUUGGAUUGGAACACAAGAAAGAGGAUAGCCAUUGGAGCCGCGAGAGGUCUUCUAUAUCUUCAUGAGCAAUGUGAUCCAAAGAUAAUACACAGAGAUGUAAAGGCUGCUAAUGUGCUUCUGGAUGACUAUUUUGAGGCUGUUGUAGGUGAUUUUGGGCUUGCAAAACUCCUUGACCAUGAUGUCUCUCAUGUCACAACUGCUGUCCGUGGCACCGUGGGCCACAUUGCACCAGAAUACCUCUCCACUGGCCAAUCUUCAGAGAAAACUGAUGUAUUUGGAUUUGGCAUUCUGUUGUUAGAGCUUAUGACUGGAAUGACAGCCCUUGAGUUUGGGAAAACAGUUAAUCAAAAGGGCGCUAUCCUGGAGUGGGUUAAGAAAAUACAGCAUGAAAAGAAACUUGAAGUAUUGGUAGACAAAGGGCUAGGUAGUCACUGUGACUGGAUAGAGGUGGGAGAGAUGUUACAAGUAGCUUUACUCUGUACUCAAUAUUUGCCAGCCCACCGCCCUAAAAUGUCUGAAGUGGUCCGGAUGCUCGAAGGCGAUGGCCUCGCAGAGAAAUGGGCGGCAUCACAUAAUCAUGGUGGCCUUAGCAUGAACUCCUUUCACAGCAACAGCAACAACAGUUCAUCAUCCCGUCCUACCACCACUGCGCCAAAUUCAAAACAUGAUGACCACGCUCAUGAUCGUUCCCACAUGUUUGGCAUGGCAGUGGAUGAUGAUGAUGAUGUACAUUCUUUGGAUUCCUAUGCCAUGGAACUCUCUGGUCCAAGAUGAACGGAGAAACAGAAGCAAGAUGAUAUUUUUUCAGGUCAUAAUCAAAAAUUCUUUGAUGGGGGUAUAUCAACUUUACUUUUUUACCCCCGGGAUAUAAUGGUGUGUACAGACUUGUUAUGAAAUUUGAUCAUCUAGGGCUUGCACUGUAAUUGUAAAUAGUAUUAAGUAUUGUUCAUGUUAAUGAGUUUCUGGAUGGAGUGUUCAAGAUUCCAAAAAAGCAGGUGGGUGGAUGUGCAACACUGUAAAAAGAGUGGAAGGAAGAACAUCAUGGGAUUCUCAAGCUAAGUCUGAAGCAGGACAUGAGUUUUUUGUUGAUGAUGUUCAGUUCAAGUUUUAGCCGUUAGAUGUCAUUUUCAAUCCAUGCUUUUGCAGGGUCACGCGCCACUUUUCUUGCUGUCUCUUUUAUUUCUUCUUUCUUCUUUUAGGCUUUACUCUCUCUUUGGUUGUGUCAUUACUUAUUUUUACAUAAAAUAGAAGUGGGAGAAAAACGUUGAAACAUGUGCAGAUUUUCUUCCCAA